UGGUUAGGGCUAACCAUGCUCAGGCUGAUUUCUUCCACUUACGAUUAUUAUCAGGCUGUAAAGCCCUCAAUUUCAGAGCUCUUUUCUGUGCCUUCUCUUCCUCUGGACUUCAUCAUUGUUCCUUUCCCCACACUUGUCAACUGUAAAUUCCACACUGUAUGUUUUAAGGAGAGAAUGUUCCAGAACAAAGCUGUGAUCUUGAGCACCUUCUCCCUGGCUUUCCUGCUGAGUCUCCAAGGAGCUGGGGCCAUCAAGGCGGACCAUGUGUCAACAUAUGCUGAGUUUGUCCAGAGGAGCAGACCUUCAGGGGAGUUUAUAUUUGAUAUUGAUGAGGAUGAGAUGUUCUACGUGGAUCUGGACAGUAGGCAGACGGUCUGGCGUCUGCUAGAGUUUGGUCAAGCCUUGAGUCCCUUAGAUGCUCAGGCUGCACUAACCAAUAUUGCCAUACUGAGGAACAACUUAAACAUCAUGAUCCAGCGUUCCAACCACACCCAGGCCCCCAGCGAUCCUCCCGAGGUGACCGUGUUUCCCAAGGAGCCUGUGGAGCUGGGCAAGCCCAACACCCUCAUCUGCCACGUGGACAAGUUCUUCCCACCUGUGCUCAAUGUCACGUGGCUGCAGAAUGGGCAGCCAGUCACCGAGGGAGCUUCUGAGAGCAUCUUCCUGUCACGCACAGACUACAAUUUUCACAAGUUCCACUACCUGACCUUCCUUCCCAACACCGAGGAUGUCUAUGACUGCAAAGUGGAGCACUGGGGCCUGGACGAGCCGUAUCUCAAGCACUGGGAGCCCCAGGAGCCCGUCCAGGUGACAGAGACAACAGAGACUGUGGUCUGUGCCCUGGGCCUGGUGGUGGGCCUGGUGGGCAUCAUCGUGGGCACCGUGCUUAUCAUCAGGGCUCUGCGUUCCAGGCGUGACCCCCGGGCCCAGGGACCCCUGUGACAAAAUUCCUGAAAGAAGAUUUAAGAGAAAUUUGAAUUCUAUGUACUCUAUAAAUUCUAAUCUCAUCUCUUGUGCUCCCUGUUCCACUGACCAACUCCUUGAAGACCCAUUAAGUCUACAGCUAUGCUACUCUGAACUCACCUGAUAUCAUUGGAAUAAACUUCAAGUCUUUAUUUGUGACUUUAAAGAAAUUAAUCCUUAGUGGUAUUCCCAACAAAUAGAAGGCAGUGGAUCAGUGUUUAUACUGGUGUGAGGAUCACUCCUUCGCUGGGAUUCAUAGCCUCUGGUGUUAUGGAUUAAGAACUGGUGGUCAACUUAAUGCCAGCUGGAUUAGAUCAGCAUGGCACUGAGCAUAGAUGUUCCACCUGAGGAAAUUUGCCAGCAUAAAUAGAGAGGUGAAGAAGGAGAAGGAGGGACAUUAAUGCAUUGUAUUGAAGCAUUGUGGGUUCUCCUAUGAGUUGCUGUUUGAGCCUUUGGUUCCUCUGGAGAAUCUCUGGUCCUCACAUCAAGCACUGCUUCCUGGCUCUCCAGGGGAAGAUGUGUGCCACUUGGUCUCCAGGAUGAACUCAUCAUGCUGGCUUCCUGGCAUGUACCCGUCACUGAGGAUGGCUGUGGUACCUUUCAGGACAGCCCUGGUCUUGUGAGUGUGACUUCUCAGCUCCAGCAUAGAAUUUUUAUCCCAGGACUUCCGGGAGAACAUGGUGGACAGAUAGCAGCAGCUACGGAGGCUCUCUGAAAGACUCGGCUUAGAAUUCAGGAAUGGUGCGGACUAAGGAGUCAUAAGCAGGUGGAGAUAUGCUCUGCUGACUCAGGAACGAACUGGGCUGGGAGAAACCAACUUGGAAUGCAGUUCUGGGGCUAGAACAGGAACAGAGAGGCCUCAGUGUGGAGGCUGGAGCCCGCACCAUUGGAAACCGCGAUUUGGGUUUCCCGCCGCAUGGUGGCUGCGUCUACAUUGGCUUGGCAGGGAGACAGACGCGCAGAAGCUCAGAGAAGGGAAUCGGCGAACGGAGUUGAAAACAGGACGGGCGGCGAGCUGUGCAUUGACUUGCAGCGAGGUGAGUGAGAGAAACUGACACUCUUCCCACGGUUUGGGAGACUCCAACAGAGGACAUUCUGGGACUGGGCUGACUUGCGGGAGCAGGGCACUGCCGUGACCUCAGCCACGUAUCCCCCUCUCAAGCGGGAUUGGUUAGAAGUGGCUAGCCUAUGUGACGCUACUGGCGGAGACCCAGUAGGCUAACACAACCCAGAUCCCAGAGCCUGAGAGUGGCCUGGAGGGGCGGGCCUUGCGUAGGCUGCCUGGUCUACAAUUUCCUGGUGUGCUGCGGUGGGCGGGAACACCUAGCCAGCGCAAUUCGAUCAGGCUGUGGCUGACAGGGAGGAAAGCUGGGCCUCCUAUAUAAGCUUGCAUAUAUAAGGAACAAAGAAUAUGAGAAGAGGCAGCAACAAGAAAGGGUCCUCGGCCCCCAAUCCUAAGAAACAGGCAAUAGCGGACACUGCACCAAUAGACAUAAAGCGCCAUCUAGAGAGCCUCAUAGAUCAGUUCAGGAAUGAAUUUAUUAAUGACCUGAAGCUAGAAAUAAGCAGAAUAGUCAGAGAAAUGCUAAGCACCACCCAAGAAAAAAAACAGAUGGUGGGAUGGAAGAACAGAAAAAGAGGGGAGAAUUGUUUGAUGGAGAAAAUAGAGAAAGCAUAGAAUACGUGAAGCAGAUUCAAAGAGACUACCAGGAAACUAAAAAGUCUAUCGAAAACUGGCAUAACAGCUUGAAAGAAACUAAGGACAGACUAUCUGAACUGGAGGGCAGAUUUGUAAUAUGGGAGAAUGAAAUGAAAAACUUCUUAAAAGUAACAAAGAAACAAACAGCAAUAAUACAAAGACUAGAAGAUGAUAAGAGGAUCCAUAACUUAAGAAUUAAGAACAUAAAAGAAGAAGUAGGGACAUAAACAAAUGAGCUACAAAAGCUACUCACAGAAAUAACCCAGGAGAAUUUUCCUAAUUUAGCAAAAGGUAAAGAUACUCAGAUGUAUGAGGCAUACAGGACCCCAGCCACCUACAACCCAAACAGAGCAACACCCAGGCAUAUAAUAAUAAAAAUUCCAGAAAUUCAAUACAAGAACAGAAUAUUAAAAGCUGUCAGAGACAAGAAACAGACCACUUACAAGGGAACACCCAUCAGAAUUACAGCAGAUUUCUCUGCACAAACCAUCAAAUCACAAAGAGCGUGGGGGGGAAAUAAUUCAAGCUUUGAAAGAUAAUAAUCUCCAGCCAAGAUUGAUAUAUCCUGCACAACUAUCCCUGGAAAUUGAUGGAAAAACAAGGUGCUUCCAGGAUAAAGAGGAACUAGGGGAAUUUGCAACCACCAAUUCAACUCUACAGAGAAUACUGCAGGACAUUCUAAAAAAGAAAAAUACAAAGAAUCCAGAAAUAGUGGCAGAGAGGCCACAACGAAUGGAGCAGAAAACAAAUUGAAGAAGACAAACUGACAACUAAUGACAGAAAAAGAGCUCAAAAAAAAUGAGGCAGAGAAGAUUGGAUGAUAGGAACAGCUAUUUUGGAGAAAAUGACAUCUUAAGAGGUAAUACUGAUUUAGUAUCAUCUUGUUUUGAAGUCUCAUCAAGCUUUUGUUCUUCUGUCUCCAUUGGUCUAAACAGGUUGUAUAUUAUUGGAUUUUAUUAUGUAUGAUAGUAUAAGCAAAAACUUUUAAAGACAAGGAGAUUAUACAGAAACCAUUGUUUAUUUUCUGUUAGUUGAUUCUAAAUACCCUGUAAUGCUAUCAUUCUCUUAAAUGGUUUUACAUUGUUUUGAUAUAUUUGAUACUACAGUAUAUGAAGUUAUACUCAAAGAUUUUAAGGAAAGAGACAAUAUGGUAGCUACUUUUAUGUCAGGAUUAUCUUGUGGUGAAACACUAUUCUGCUUAAAUGGUUAUGUUUUGAUCUGCACUGUUUUGCUGUUAUGCCCUCUUUUAUCUCAAUCUCCACUUCAUUAUUUACUUUUUUAUUUUUAUCCUUUUAAUUAAGGGAAAAAUAAAUAAAAAAUAGCAGGAUAUAUUAUAGUAACCCACUUUGACUUUCCAUUAUCUUGAUUUAAAGCCCUGUAUUACUCUCACCAUCUUGUUUUUGACUGAUGUCCCCCUAUUCUGUUUUGGUUGAUAGUACCAGGUUCGAAAGUUUAGGCAACAGCUGUGAAGAUAAUGAGAUUCAUUAUGACGCCCAUUCUCAUUGACUUUUAUCUACUUUUGAAGACCUACAAUGUCUCCAAUGUUUUGGUUUUGUCGGUUUUGUUCUUUACUGUUUUGUUCAAUUUUAUUAUAACUGAUGAUAUAGGCAAUUCUAUUAGAGAUAGCAGGAGGCAUUAUGGUAACCAUUACUGAUCACCUUGUAUUAUGCUUUUACAUUAUCUAUUAUGUCCACCCUUUUGAUUUGAUUGACUCUGUUCUGUUAGGUCACAUUUGGUUCUACUCUCUUCCAAAAAAGUAAUAAGAACUGUGGGAGCAACAAAACCCAAAAUGUGUAAUUGUCAUUGUACAAAAGAGAGGAAAAGAAAGUGCUCUAAAUGAUAUAACUGCAUGUAUAUUUAAGUGUAUAAGAUGGAAAAUGAUAUCACUGAGUUUUAUUGGAUCAUUGAGCAGAACUGUUUUCAGUCUCACUGUUGGAAUGUCCACUUUACAAGCUUUAAUUUUGUGACUUGAACAAUUAUUUCUAAGAUGACAAUAUGUAAUCCAUUAACUAGUGAUUUCCUACUGUUUAUUUUUUUCUGUAAAUCUGUAUAACUUGUACCCUUUCUCUGCUUUUUUUUCCUCUCCUUAAGUAAAAUUAAAAAAAAAAAGAAUUUUUAUCCCACCAGCACAGCUCCUUCACCCCACUAGCAUGGACUUUCUGGCUUCCACCGCUGACCUGUGGGCCUUCCCAGCGUGGAUCCAUAAAAGAGACUGGCAUGAGUCCUUCUUGUGGGCUCUGGACCUCCAAUUGGACUCAUGGGAGGCAUUAUCAUGAGCUCUGGGUUUUCAUAUGGACUCAUGUGGAACAUUGCUGUGGGAUUUAGACCCUUGAUGAAAUAUUCUAUGUCUUUGGUACUGUGGACAGAUUUCCUGCAUUUUCUUGUGUUAAUUCCCAGUGACCAUCAUAAAACAAUUUAUAAACUCCA